GUAAAAUAUUUGUGAAUUGAGAACCCAAAAUCAUCUUUAUCGUUUUUUUUUCAAAUCUCACUUUAUUGUAAGCUUUAUGACAUCUGUGUAAUUUCUACAUCAAUCAAAUACAAACUUGUUUUAAGUGAACAAACAACUAUGAAUAAUAGACGAAGAAAUACUAAUUUGUUAGAUCUGGACAACAUUCAUGAAGAGUCUUCAUUAGGCGAAGGACCAUCUGAGUCUAUUCAUAUUCCCAUAAAUUAUCUUGAGGAAAUUGAUGACGAUGUUGUCGAAUGUUCACCUCGAUCUUUUGCGCAGGUUGCGGCCAAUGCAGGGAGUAAUCGUAGAAGGAUUGCAAUUGACUUCAAUUCGGAAAAUCCAACUCUCCCAUCAGAGAAUAUAGAGAAUCAAACUGUUCCAACAUCUGUUAUGCAUUCUACAGCUAAUAUAACUGAACCAAUUGGUCAAAAUACUAUAAAUUUGGAAGUCAGCAUCAAUGAAGCUGCUAAAAAUGACAAAAAGUCACUAGAAACAAACAAGGAAGUGUUUGAGCCUAAGAUUCAAGCAGUUGAGACUCCAAAAGAGCUUGCCUUAAACUGUCCACUAUGUAGGAACCCUUUUGUGGAGGAAAUGUCAACAAUGUGUGGCCAUAUUUUUUGCAAGAGUUGCAUCAAAAAUACAAUAUCAAGACAUAGAAAAUGUCCUACAUGUAGAAAAAGGCUUACUUCUAGAGGAUUAAGAAGGGUGUUUCUUCCGUCUUCCAAUUGAUGGAACAUUCAAGUUGCGUUGAGAAAAAUUGGGACUUGAUUGUACUACUUUUGACAUUGUUGACUGAGUGUGUUAUUUCAAAUUUGUUGCUUGAAGACUAUGUUUAAUUGUUGUCAUAUUACACUCUCAUUAUUUCUUUGUCAUGGCAUUAUUUAUGAGUUUUAUUUUGUACAAGGAAAUGGCUCAAUAAGUUAGUUGAAAAUACAUCAUUACCCUUGAAAAUGUUGGUACAUUUUCUGUCUGAAAUGAGAUAUUACAAUUGGUACAA